AGAGGCCUGGUAGGCACAGUCGCUGAGUCUCCAUCGGCUCGGACUAGGCAUCUCCAGUCCGGGUCAGAGUGUGGAGGUCCUCGUCCGCCGAGCCGCGCCCCGCGCCCUCCCAGCGUCCGGGCCGACGAAAUGGCCAUUAGGAAGAUGCCGAGAAGAAACAAUGAUGAAAUAGUCCAUUUUUUAUAAGAUGCAGCUGUGGAUUUUCAACCAGAUCAGUUUCAGCAAACAAGGAAGCCAUGGUAUUUGAAAUAUUUGUGAACUCCUGAUGCAGCAACAGAGACUAAGAAUAUUAAUGGCCAGAUCUAGUGAUCACAUGGUCUUCUGAAGAAGCCAUGGGUAGCUGUUGUAGCUGUCCAGAUAAAGAUACUGUCCCAGAUAGCCAUCGGAACAAAUUUAAGGUUAUUAAUGUAGAUGAUGAUGGGAAUGAGUUAGGUUCUGGCAUAAUGGAACUUACAGACACAGAACUGAUUUUAUAUACCCGCAAGCGUGACUCAGUAAAAUGGCACUACCUCUGCCUGCGCCGCUAUGGCUAUGACUCAAAUCUCUUCUCUUUUGAAAGUGGGCGGAGGUGUCAAACUGGACAAGGAAUUUUUGCUUUUAAAUGUGCCCGUGCAGAAGAAUUAUUUAACAUGUUGCAAGAAAUUAUGCAAAAUAACAGCAUAAAUGUGGUAGAAGAGCCAGUUGUAGAAAGGAAUAAUCAUCAGACAGAAUUGGAAGUCCCUAGAACACCUCGAACACCUACAACUCCGGGCUUUGCUGCUCAGAACUUACCUAAUGGAUAUCCCCGGUAUCCCUCAUUUGGAGAUGCUUCGUCCCAUCCUUCAAGCAGACAUCCUUCUGUGGGAAGUGCUCGCUUACCUUCAGUUGGUGAAGAAUCUACACAUCCUUUGCUUGUGGCUGAGGAACAAGUACAUACCUAUGUUAACACCACAGGUGUGCAAGAAGAGCGGAAAAAUCGUGCAAGUGUACAUGUCCCAUUGGAGUCAAGGGUUUCUAAUGCUGAAAGCAACACACCAAAAGAAGAACCAAGUAGUAUUGAAGACAGGGACCCUCAAAUUCUCCUUGAACCUGAAGGAGUCAAAUUUGUUUUAGGACCAACCCCUGUUCAGAAGCAAUUAAUGGAAAAAGAGAAACUGGAGCAACUUGGAAGAGAUCAAGUUAGUGGAAGUGGUGCAAACAAUACAGAAUGGGACACUGGCUAUGACAGUGAUGAACGAAGAGACACACCCUCUGUUAACAAACUGGUAUAUGAAAAUAUAAAUGGGCUAUCUAUCCCUAGUGCCUCAGGGGUCCGGAGGGGUCGUCUGACAUCCACCAGUACUUCAGAUACCCAGAAUAUCAACAACUCAGCUCAGAGAAGAACUGCAUUAUUAAACUAUGAAAAUUUACCAUCCUUGCCUCCUGUUUGGGAAGCUCGCAAGCUAAGUAGAGAUGAGGAUGACACUUUAGGACCAAAGACCCCGUCUCUAAACGGCUAUCAUAAUAAUCUCGAUCCAAUGCAUAACUAUGUAAAUACAGAGAAUGUAUCUGUGCCAGCAAGUGCUCACAAAAUAGACUAUUCACGGCGUCGGGACUGUACACCAACAGUCUUUAACUUUGAUAUCAGACGCCCGAGUUUAGAACACAGGCAGCUUAAUUACAUACAGGUUGACUUGGAAGGUGGCAGUGACUCUGACAACCCUCAGACUCCAAAAACGCCUACCACUCCCCUUCCACAAACGCCUACCAGGCGUACAGAGCUGUAUGCUGUGAUAGACAUCGAGAGAACUGCUGCCAUGUCAAAUUUGCAGAAAGCCCUUCCACGUGAUGAUGGUACGUCUAGGAAAACUAGACAUAAUAGUACUGAUCUGCCUAUGUGAGCCUGGAAAGCAUCAUGUUGUUUGCACCUUUGUGAAGUUCGAAAGAUGAAGAUGCAAGUGCUUCAUUUUCAUUGCUACACUAACUCCUUUUAUAGACUUCCAAAAAAUUUUCUGAAUAUUUCAUGAGCAUCUUUAAUUAAAGGGAAUUAAUGUAGAGCAGGUACUCCUUAACACUAAUUUCAUUAUAUACUACUCAUUACUGUAUAGCAGCAUUUCCAUUUUCACAGUGCCUAUUUAAGAUGAGAGUUGAAAAGUGAAUGACAUGCUGGUUGACUUUCAUUCAAUAUUCUAGACUUAUACAUACCUUUCAUGUCUAAGUCAUGGUUAGCAUUUCAAACCUUUUCUAAAGCCUCUUGGUGAUGUAUAUUGCUAAAAGAUAAGUCUAGGCUUUGAAAGUAAUACUUGUAGAUUCAUUCUUUGCAGUAUGUGGUCUCCAGCAUGUAACAUGAGGAAUCCUUUAUUUCAUUAAGUAAAGGCUUUUUGACUUGAGCCAAAACACAUGUAAAAGAAACAGAAAAAAUUACAUCUUUAUACCAGUCAGCUCCUUAGCCUUCAGUGUUAUUGGAAAGAGUCCUAUGUCAUGAAGACAGUUUGCUAUUGGCAUGUUGAAAGGCAGGCAGGCAGGCAGGAGACAAGAUUUUGUUUACUCAUCUCAUGAUGUCAUUUGAAGGGCAUAUGUAGAUAUGUUACUCAGAAUUACAAUAGGAAUCAGUCUCAGGUCACUUUACCCAAAAACAUUUGAAAAUUGAAACCAUGAUAUCUUGACAUUUCUCUCCUAUAGUUUAUGGUCAUCACAUUGUUUUCUGGAGGCAUUUGUGCCAUAGGUUCCCAUUUACCUUUAGUUUUUUUUUUUUUUUGGUGUUUGGGUUGUCUUAUUUUGAUACUUCAUGUCUUUUUCAACUGAAGAUGUUUAAGUUUGUAUAUAGUUUUUAAAUUGGAUUAUAUGUUCAUUGUUAGUUUGCAUUUUUGUCCAGUUAUGGUUUUGAAGGUUCAUUUGGAACUUACUGUUAUUCUUUAACAGGGUUGCCCUUGUCCAGUAUUUAUUUAUAUGCUGUUUACUUUUCAAGUUGAUAAGAUAGACUCUCAAUUUAAAAUUUCACUUGUGUCCAUAGGUGAUCUGUUUAGUAGCUGAGAAAAUGAAACAAAACAAUACUUUUCACAUGCGAAGUUCCCUAAAGGUACUGUUUUUUUUCCUGUGGGCACUCUCCCCAGCACUUUAGCAGGGAUUUCCUCAGCAACAUGGCUGUAGUCAUACUCUGCCCACUCUAGUGUUCUUUGGCUCUGCUGUCCUUUCUCUUAUGACUGGAUCUUGGACUAUCUUCUGAUUUCAGUGAAAUGUUAAAUUGUUACCAGCAUGGCAGGUACCGUAGAAGUCUUGUAGUACUGAGAUCGUGUCAUAUUUUAGGGUCUAAAAUGCACUGAAGUUUGUGUAAACUGAUGACAGUUCAGAUGUUGAAUUCUUGGAAAAAUCAAGAAUGUUUGAAAUUCCAACACUAAGAAGGUUAGGUAACUUUGCAAAAAAAUAUUUUAGUUUUUUCUAAAUAUGAGGAAGAUUGACAUUAUGAUCUGGAUCUACCAGAUGUGACUAGGUUACUUUAAUGUGAAAAUGUUUUAGUCAUAUAAUAUCCAAUUUAUUCAAUAAAUAACCUAGUCCUAGGACCAGUGAAUGGAUUAGCAGGAUGGAAGAGUGGGACCAUUAUAAAAAAUAAAUAAUUGCAAGUGUCUUGAUCAUUUUCAGUGCCAUUGGUUUAUUAGCAUAGCAGAAUUUUCUGACACUCCCCUCCUUCCCCGCUGUGAACCUGGUGCUUUCUAAAGUGUUUGCUGUUCUCUUAAAAAGAGCAGUGGUGUAGAUGUUCAGUUUCCUAAUGCAGUUUGCAGUUUCAAUGUUUAAUAUAUUGUUCUAUUUAGCCUUUCUUCUGAGUAGAUUGCUAAUUGUGCCAAAUUUCUGUAAUGGUUUUUGUAUUGUGGAAAGAAUAAUAUUGAUGGAUUCAAUGCACAUGGUUAUCUUUGUAAUAAGCAGUCAAAGCAGAAUAUUAAUCUCCAAAUGAAAGGGCUGAUCUGUUUAUUCAUUUGGGAGGUUGUAUACUUUAUUCUUUCCCUCAAUCCUUUUCCCCUUUUCCUCCAGAUUCUACUUUUUAUAUUUUUUAGGUAACUAAUUAUAAUCAAUAUAGUUUAUAUGUUAAAUACUUUUGUGGUUUAAAAAUGAAAAUGGGACCAAUUUAUCUGCUAAGAAUUUGAUUUUGAGGUACUGUAGAUUAUUAGGAGGAAAUAUACAUCUGGUGUUAAUUUCUAGAUGUCUUCUGGAAAUCACCUUUGUUCUAAUUUAAUAAACAAAGUCAUUUAGAAUACUACUUGUCCUCUGUGUGGGCAUUAAACCUUGUCCAGAAAGAAUGUACCUUUUAUUAGGUACAUUUUAGAAUGAGAUAUUUUAUUGGUACAUAAUUGUGUCCUAGUGUUUCAGAAAAUCUGAGACAAGCCUAAUUUUAGAUAAUCAGUUCUGUUCUUAGACCAUUUUACCUACUUUGGGUUUUGGAAAUAGAAUCAUGCUCAUAUUUUCCCCCCAAAUAAAUACAUUCCUCUUUUAUCUAUGUGGUUCAUAACAUCUAUCCCAGACCAGAGUUGGAAACUGAUAUUAUAUAUGUUCUUCCUCAGUGUUUUAUUUCUCAGUUUCAUCUUCCUUUAAAAAAUGAAAAUAUGGUGCCUUCCCUCCCUCCAGGAAGAUUGGCAGAGUUCCUUUUAUUUACUGUUGCUGUGGAGUGAUGAGAUAUGCACUUUACUCUUGAAGACUCAGCAAAAGGCUUUUUCACUUCCCAGUACAUCCAGACUAGAUCACAUUAGAAAAUUUGCCAAGCAAGGUUUUUUUUAUAGAUUUAAUGUUGACUCCCUCCCCAUACAAUGUUAUAAAAAUAAGUCAAGCUGGUGUUUAUCUUCCAACCCCUCCCCCGAAAUCUGUGGCACAGCAUAUAAAAAUGUACCUCAGUAAUGUUCUAUUAAAAAUGGGACAGGGGCCUUAUGUUUUCCUAAUUUCCCAAUUAUGUGCCACCAUGUAUUUACCUAAAGGUAAGGUUUUAGCAAGCUAAAAGUACUUCUCAGUUCCCUCUGUACUGUCCUCUAACUCAGAACACCCAAACGUUUUGUGCAAUGUGUAAUGUGUAUGUAUAAAUAAAUAUAUUCUUGAAAUAGACAUACCAUUAGCGACAUCAUUCAGAAGUAACUGAUCUAUACUGGCAUCUCAUUCAUAUUUGAUGUGUGAGUAUAAGGUACUAUUACAUUGAUGUUUGCCAAAUCUGAAUAAAGGCAUUGGUACGAAAUUACAGAAUGUAUAGAAAAUGUUUUGGCUUGAAAUAUUAACAUGUUUUAUGACAUCCCACAAUGUACUCUGUCCAAACCAGCACCCUCUCCUUUUUUCUAUUCUUUACAUCCCUGUUCCCCAUCUCUGCUUCCUCAUUUUUUGGGGGUAGAACACAAUUCUUUCGUAGCAUCACUAGAACUAUUAAUUCUCUGACAGUUGAACAAUUAUAGUAUGCAACAUACUGGUAUUAAUAGUACAGUAGUCACCAGUGUGCCACAGUUGCAUUAGUCAAUGCAAAACACAUUUUAUAAGAGACAAAUCUUACGUUACAUUUUAUUUUCAUCUAGUUGUAUAAUAUUGUAAGAUUAUUGUAUGUCCUAAUUGCAUUAUAAAUGUUUUUUUCCUACAUAAAGGCAUAAAUAUAGCAUCUUUGUAUAAAGGUAGCUAAUUAGAUUUUAAUUUUUCUUUCAUAAAAAUUGUCUUAACAGUGGGAUUACCUUACCAAAUUGUAUAAGAAAUAGGAAUCUUGCCCUUAAUGGUUGCUUUUAUAAACAUUCCAUGGAAGUGAUACUGCAUAAAUUGGGUUUUAAUGCUGUUUCAUAUCAGCAUUUUAAAUUUGGUUCACAACCUUAAUUCUGGCAAAAACUUAACCACUGUUAACUAAAAUGAAACCUUGUUGUAUAUGUAACAGCACUGUUUUUGCCCUCUGUCCUUCUCCACCUUUCGUUCUUUAUUCCUAUCAGUGCCAACUUCGUACAUUUUGUAGCAUGGCAAUAAAAUAUAACUUUUACACUAAGGCCGAGUGUGGCUUUUUGGAGGACAUGGGGAUGGGAGGUUUGCCCCCAGUAGUCCUCAAUAUAUAACUUCUUGCCAUAUAAGCCAUGUCGUCAGGCAGAAGUUGUACAUGAUGUAAACAAGCUUUUUGAGGACAAGUGUGAAUGUGCUUUUAAGCUUAAUUUUUGUCAUAAAAAUAUAACUAAUUUUUUUAUCUUUGGAAAAGUUAGAGUUCUUGAAGUACAAACCUUUAUUAACUGGAGUACUUAAAGAAUAAGCUAAUUGAAUUUUGUUCAACAAGGGCUAAGCAACACAUUUUUAAAAUCCUUAUUUAUUGUAGAGUAUUAUUAGUAUACUUUACUGUCCUAAAAUAUGUAAAAUAUGGUUUAAUCUUAGAUGAUGUAGCAUCUUGCAAUGCCUUACUGUUGUCAUUCUGGUAUAAAUAUCUAUGAUGAGGUACUCAACUUGAUACUGGAAACUGAGCUGACUAUACAUUGACUUUAAGCAUUCAUGGAAAAACUGCUUUGUUGAAUAAAACCUAAUCAGUUUUUAUGGUCACUUUCCCCUUAUUGCCAAAAGUAGAUUGCAAUAAAAGUUUGGUUGGAUACCUA